CGCGAUAUGGACCACUUGGAAGGAGUACUAAUAUAAAUAAGAGUCAGGCGUCUGAAGCAUAUACAACAACUGACAGAGGUGAAGGGAGAUCAUGGUCAAAAUGAAGCCGGAGAGCUUGUCCAUCGCAGCGUUAUCACGGCUGUGCUCCCCGAGUCUGGCGGUCCUCACAGGAGAAACCAUCAUACUCGGCUCAACCGUCGAUCCCGCCACCAUCACCACCACCAGCAUGAGAACCCCAGCAACAACAACCUCCUCGUCCUCCACCUACGACCAAUGGGGUUUCGCAACCACCGGCUCUACAAACAGCGCCCAAUUAUUCACGAUCCAAACCUCGCCGCCGGAUGAUCCUCGGACUGGCACUGCGAGCACGAAGAUCACGACGACGGCCACAAGUACAGGAAGUAGUAGCGUCAGGACUGGAACGAGCGAUUCAUCGUUCGGGCCUGGGACUACGACGACGACGACGAUGGGUUCAGAAGGGACGGCGACAGUGACGGGUCCUGUGAGUAUGGCGACAGGCCCAGCAGCGACGUCGACGGCGCCCGUCAGGCAAGGUGGCGCAGUGAGCGUGGGGAGGUCGAGUCCGCGGGUGAUUGCUGCCGUGGCUAUGGUGGCGGGAGCGGUGUUGGGAGUCUGAAUGAUAUAGAUUAAUUAUUUUUUAAUUAUCAUAGAGAUGGUGUACGUCGUCUCAUAUCCUCGACUGGAACAAACAUCGGGCUGCCUUUGAAGCGGAGUGCAAAAUCAUUUCGGAGAGCGACGAGCGGGCAAACAGCCGUGACGGUCCACAGGGAAAGACGGGUUGACAGGUUCAGAUUGGUUUUCUCAAUCUAUCAUGA